AAAUCAAAUAUUGAGUUGAAAUAAACAUCAAAAAUCUAUCCCAAUGUUUCGAAUUCUGACUAUUAACCUUGUAAAAUGCCGGCACAUCUUAACUGCUGAUUCAUUUCUUAACAAAUAUAGCAAGAGUCUUACUGGAAUUGGUCCACUUCAGUCUAAACCUGUACAUCCGGCAAUAGUAGUUAAUGCAAUGGAAGACAAAUCAAAUUUCUUGUUGCCAAAUAAUCAAAGAUUUGUGGAACUGGAUAGUUCACAAGCAUUUAAUAAUUUGACAAAUAAGGAAAAACUUUAUGCUCACUAUCUGAGUCAUGCUGCAUGGAAUGGUGGACUCAUAGUAUUACUUCAAACUAGUCCAGAGUCACCGAAGAUCUUUUCACUCUUGCAUAGAAUCUUCCUUGGAGAGCCAUUGGAGAAUCUUAAAGAAUCUGCAUUAAAGGCGGGAGUGUCUGAAGAUGAUUUCCAAGCAUUCCUGGUAUAUGCUGGUGGCUUGUUUGCCAAUAGUGGUAACUACAAGGGAUUCGGUGACACAAAAUUCAUUCCAAAUCUUUCUAAAGAUGCAUUUGAACUCAUUGUAAAAUCAUCAAAAGCAUAUGAAAAUGACAAUACUCAUAUAACAAAGUUAUGGCAAAAAGUUCAAAGUGCUAUGUAUAGCCUGACUCCAAGACUGACUAGUUUAGGUUUGGCUAGUAAGGGAGUAACAACAUAUUUCUCUAGCAACUGCACUGAAGAGGAUUCUAAUUUGGUUAAUGAUUGGAUGAAAACUAAACGAAUUGAAGCCUACAUUUGUCGGACAUUUAAAACAACUGCUGAUGAUGGAUUACCUUUAUACACUAUACAUUUAGCAAGUGUGGAAUCAUCUCCCAAACCAAUGCUGACAAUGGACAAGGAAUUAUACAAGAAUGCAUACUUCCAAGUGACCCGCGGAGACUAUUCACCGCUACUGAAGCUUGCCAGUGAAAACCUCACCAAAGCUCAGGAAUACGCAGCUAACGAUAAUGAGAAAAACAUGCUCAAGCACUAUGUCAAUAGUUUUAAUGAAGGAGAUUUAAAUGAACAUAAGGAAGGCAGCAGGUUUUGGAUCAAAGAUAAAGGACCUAUCAUUGAAACGUAUCAAGGUUUUAUUGAGACAUACCGUGACCCGAGUGGCCAGAGAGGAGAAUUCGAGGGCUUUGUUGCCAUGGUGAAUAAGGAGAUGUCAAAGAAGUUUGGACGCUUGGUGGAUGGAGCCGAGGGCUUCAUUAAGCUGCUGCCCUGGGGCCAGGAUCUGGAGAAAGACACUUUCCUCAGGCCUGACUUCACCAGCCUCGAUGUGCUGACAUUCUCCGGCAGUGGCAUACCAGCUGGCAUCAACAUUCCGAAUUAUGACGAAAUCCGUCAGAACGAAGGCUUCAAGAACGUGUCGCUCGGUAACGUGAUCCCCGCCGCUUACAAGGAGUCCGUCAUACCAUUCCUCUCCGAACAAGAUAAGGCAUUGCUCGAUAAAUACAGAGUCGCUUCCUUUGAGGUGCAAGUGGGUCUACACGAGCUGUUGGGUCACGGGAGCGGAAAGUUAUUGCGCCAGAACGCUGAUGGAACAUUUAAUUUCGACAAGGAGAAGGUCAAGAAUCCUCUAACAGGAAAAGAGAUCGAGACAUGGUAUAGUGAGGGCGAGACGUACGACAGCAAGUUCACGACGCUGGGCUCCGCGUUCGAGGAAUGCCGCGCUGAGGCUGUCGGACUCUACCUCUCCGUGCUGCCGGAGAUCGUCAAGAUCUUCGGGUACGAGGGCCAAGAAGCGGAGGAUGUGACAUACGUGAACUGGCUCAGCCUGCUGUGGAACGGCGUCGCCAAGGCCACCGAGAUGUACCAGCCCUCCACAGACACCUGGCUGCAGGCACACGCACGGGCGCGCUUCGUGCUAAUGCGUCUGCUGCAGCUGGAGGGCGAAGGCCUACUGACGGUGACGGAGCCCGCGCGCGGACAGGACCUACUGCUAACACUCGACAGGCACCGCAUCGCCACCGACGGCAAGAGGAUCAUCGGCGAGUUCCUGGUGAAGCUGCAGACGCUGAAGGCGACGGGCGACGCGGCGGCGGCGGAGCAGCUGUUCGCGCGCUACAGCCGGCUGGAGGGCGAGUGGGCGCGCUGGCGGGACAUCGUGCUGCUGCACAAGCAGCCGCGGAACAUCUUCGUGCAGCCCAACACGAUACUCAAAGAUAAGGAGGUGGAACUAAAGCGGUACCCGGCGAGUGCGCAGGGCAUGGUGUCGUCGUGGGUGGAGCGCUUCCCCGACACCAACGUGGACGACCUCCUUGAACAACUCGCAGACGCACAAGCCAAGUACUUUGAGGAUCUGGAACCUCUCGCUGCCGCUUGAAUAUAUUUUCUUCAAUGAAUUUUGAUUAUUGGUAUAGAAAAUAAAUUAUAUUUCUACACGAAA